AUGAAAGUUAUACAUAGUAUACUUCUACUAGGAUUAGCAUAUCUGGUUAGUGCUGAAGUUCCAGCAUGCCAAAACGCCAAAUGUACUCAUUGCGAAGUUGAGUUCAUCAAACGCAUGUGCCCAAAGCAAUGUGGGCCAUGUUUCAAGAACUUCCGAGCUAAGCAGAGAGCUGCUCCAACAGUUCAAACUCAACAACAGUCUGUUGUUAAUAACGUUGCUCAACAACAGCCUGUUUAUCAGCCACUUCCUAUUGCUUUCGCUGCUCCACAACAGCAGUUCCAAUACCCAGUUGAUACGUCUACCUUAGCACCACUCAUUGAGCAGCCACGUGCUGAAUACUUAAGCCCACAAUUAGCCCGUCAACCAGCUGAUUUGGCUCAACCACUCCCAGAGUAUCAGAACAUUCCUGUUGGUCAACAGCCAAUCACCCAAACUGCUCCUCAACAGUCCCAGUUCUUCAAUCAACAACCCCAACAACAAUUCGCUCAACCCAGCUUAUUCCCCGAGAUGAACUUCCCAACCAUAGCUCCACCAACGGCUUCUCAAGGAUCCAACAAUGCUUUACUCAAUCCAUUCCAACCCUUCUUCCAACAGACAUUCCAGAAUGGAGGAUUAUCCGCUUUGGACCCCUUGGGAUUGUUUAACUUCGGAGGAAACAACCUUGCUCAGGCUGCUCCUCUAACCCAAGCAACUCAACCAAUAUCAAAUUAUCAAUCUCAACAACUCUCACCUUUCCAAUCUCCAUAUCAAACUCAAGCUCAACAAACGCUACCACAGCAAACCCAAUAUGCUUCUCAACAAUACAAUCAACAACCUCAACAUCAAUAUAAUCCUCCACAGAAUACCAACUUCCGGGGAAGUUAUCAACAAGGACAAGCCCAAGUUAGCAGCCAAACUACCCAAAACCAAGCUCAAACACAACCUCAAACACAACAGGCAUAUCGUUCACAACAACCUUCAUUCAACAUAGAUCUACCUCGAUUGCCAACAAUGAAUCUUCCACAAGUUCCUCCUAGCCCACCAGCACCAGUUAAUCUCCACGGACAAUACCAGAACGCUAACGCACAGCAGACAUCUCAACCACAGCCUAUUCAACGCACUCAACAACCUGUUCAACCACAACAGCAAGUCCAACCAUCUGCUCAAACCCAACCAGCCUAUCAGCAAAACUUUGCUCAGGUUCAAACGCAAGCACCAGUUCAAACAUCUCAAAGUAUUGACCGCCCACCAGUAAACUAUCAGAAAUACAUUGAUACAGGAAAGGGACCCGUAGGUGUUGCCCCUGUAGCACAACAGUGCCCUCGUCAACCAGGAUGGUCACCAUGUAUUACAAAGGAUCAAGCAAAUGACCGUUUCCGUAACUGUUGCGCCCGCUUGGGAGAAGGAUGCGUGCCUCUUUGCAAUUACGAUGCAACAUUAGCAACUAUGCAAUUGGCUGUUUUGACUGGGCGGUGUCCAUUGAACAAAGUAGCAGAUAUGAUGAUUUGCGCCUCGGGAUAUCAAGAUGCCACACCCUGCUGUGAAGCAUAUAAUGUCUUCGAACCUGGAUAUGAACAUUGUCGCCCAUACUGUAAUCCAGCAGCCGGUCUGCCAGAAGGAGGAUUGCUCUCUGAGAAAUAUAAAUGCCUCGUGAAACUUGGUGCCAUUCAACAAUGCUUCUAUGUUUCACAAAAGCCAUAG